GCAAAGAGCAACGCGGAAUGAGGAAACGCGUUUGCGGAAGCAAAAUCAGCCAAUUCUUGCAAUGGACAGUUUCUUCGGAAAGCAGCCUUCUAAACGCGUUUCAAAGACCGCGGUUGAAGCAACCUCUCAGCCAUGGGUAGAGAAAUAUCGCCCCGAAACUAUUAAUGAUAUCUCCGCCCAAGAACAUACUGUGGCAGUCUUGCGAAAUGCAUUAACAUCGACCAAUCUCCCUCACAUGUUGUUCUAUGGCCCACCCGGAACGGGCAAAACCUCCGCAAUCUUGGCCCUUGCCCGCCAAUUAUUUGGUCCAGACAUCUUCCGAUCCAGAGUGCUGGAACUCAAUGCCUCGGAUGAACGAGGUAUCUCAAUAGUUCGUGAAAAGGUCAAGAACUUCGCCAGACAGACGCCGCGCAAAGCGCCGGUGGAUGGUCAGUAUCCAUGCCCACCAUACAAGAUUAUAAUUUUAGACGAAGCCGACUCGAUGACACAAGAUGCACAAGGUGCAUUGCGACGAAUCAUGGAGACGUAUUCGAAAAUCACUCGUUUCUGUCUCGUCUGCAACUAUGUAACAAGAAUAAUAGAGCCACUCGCUUCCCGUUGUUCAAAAUUCCGCUUCACUCCACUUGACGUUUCGUCAACCCGCUCACGAUUAUACCACAUCGCUCAAGCCGAGAAUGUGAACAUGUCACCCGAAACUUUCGACACCCUCAUUAAAGUAUCUGAUGGUGAUCUUCGCCGAGCCAUAACCUAUCUCCAGUCUGCCGCCCGCCUUUCACCCACCGCAGAACCUUCCAACCCAAUCACUCCUCGGGACAUUCAGGAAAUUGCUGGUGUCAUUCCAGAUGCUAUCAUCUCCGCAUUCUUAGUAGCAUUGGGGGUGGAGUCUCACUUACCUGGAGGCGUUAAUCCUGAUGCUAUGGAUAUUGAUAACCUGCAAGCGAAGAAAGCUGCUGGAUACGACGAUGUGAGGAAUGCCGUUCGUGGUAUCAUACGGCAAGGGUAUAGCGUCUCCCAGAUGCUCAUUCAGAUUCAUGAUGUAGUCGUUUCUCACCCUGUGCUCUCAGAUAUUCAGAAGGCACGAUGUUCACUUGUGAUUGCCGAGGUGGACAAGGCGGUCAUUGAUGGAGGGGAUGAAGAACUUCAACUACUUGAGCUUGGCCUACGCUGUUAUAAAGCCCUGUCCUGACACAACUGUACCAUCCAUUCUUAAAUUAUUUGUGCAACACAUGGAUCUCCAAUCGUGCAUGACAAUUAAACGAUCGAAGACAGACCCUUCGACCAAACUCUUUCUGACAACCGGUGAAAGCGACAUCCAGGAAGCCGAGAAUGCAAGCAUGAUGAGAAGGGAGGCCGGGUUCUAGUUUGGGAACAAUCAUGGAUUUCCGGGAAAUCGAUUGAGUAGCAGAAUACAUAUUUAGCCGCACGCUGGAAUAACGUGUUUUGGAUUCUGAACAAUUUCGGUUCAGUAUACAGUAAUUUACUCAAUGCACAUUUACC